AUGCCACGUCAUAUAACAAACUUUUUAUCUUCUUUCAAGAUUACAUAUCAUGAAACGUUAAUUAAUGUUCAUAGUUACAGAUUUGACGCAAUAUUAAGAUACAUUAUGUGUACUAAAAACCUAUCGUAUUUUUUAUCGGGAUCGGUGGUUAGAGGUUUUGGCAGAGGUUCUAAAGCUUUGGGAAUACCUACGGCAAAUCUUGAAGAUAACGUAGUAGAAAAUUUACCUAAUGAUUUUAAUACUGGAAUUUAUUAUGGAUGGGCUUCUAUAGAUGGACAAAUUUAUAAAAUGGUUGCCAGUAUUGGUUGGAAUCCAUUUUAUAAAAAUAAAAAAAAGACUGUGGAAUUACAUCUAAUACAUACAUUUGAAAAUGAUUUUUAUGGAAAACAAAUUAAAGCCAUUUUUGUGGGAUAUAUACGACCAGAAAAAAAUUUUACUUCUGAAGAGGAAUUAAUUAAAGCAAUAAAAACUGAUAUUGCAUUUGCUGAAGAACAAUUACAGAAACCUGAUAUGAUUGCUUAUAAAUAUGAUCAAUUUUUUAAAGAAUAAAAUUAUGAAUAUUAUAAAUAAUACUAAUUAAUAUUAUAAUACUAUGUACAUUUUUUGCGCAUAGUUUUCUUAUUAUAUUCGAAAAUAAUUCACAAGGAAUAAUAUUGUUAAUAAAAGUUUAUUAUAAAAAAUAAUGUAAAUAUAACUAAUAUAAUUAAUAAAUUAUUCUAAUAUGAUAA